AUGUCCUACACGUUUUUCUUUUCCAUAUUUACCAAUCAAGUGGUAUGCGAAAUAAUAAAUCUAGAAGAUGGUAACUCAAAAUCCGAAUCUGAAGAAGUAUAUCAAAAUAAAAACAUAGACAGAGCUAUAAUAGUAAGGCCUCUUCCUAUACCACUACCACCACCAUAUUUUAAACCUCAACCACCGAUAAUCGUGACGAUAGGAGUACCAAAUGGUAUAUCAGAUGGUAGACCAAAUGUACAGUUUAACCCAUAUAACACUGAUUUCUCACAUAAUCCUAGAUUUGGACCUGGAAUAAACCCAGGACCUAGAUUGAUUCCAGGUUUAGGUACUGGGUAUAACCAAGGAAUAAGUACAGUACAAAAUCCAACCUUCGAAUUUAAUCAAGCAGGACAUUUUAUAAAUUUGGUGGACUUUAUGAAGGAAGCAACUAUUGGUUUGGGAUCCUCAUUACAACCAGUACAAUAUUUUAGACCUCAAAACGACUAUGUUAAUCCUACGUUUAAUUACAACCAUGAAAACAUAGAUCAGCCAAGUGAAUCAUCCCACGUAGAAAUCUUAAAAUCUCUGGGUUAUACCUUCCCUUCUGAAACAAUCUUCAAUCACCCUGUAUCAUUUGCUAAAGAAUACCUGCUAGAUGAAGCUUCCUCAAAUUCCGUCAAAAACAUAAAACAAACUGUUAAAAAACCAAAAUUACCUGACUUACUAACUGGUGAAGAACAAACAAAUCCUAACUACGAAAAUGAUGAAAUUUUAACAGAAGUUGAAUCCAAACCUGACAAAACUUUAAAUGAAAUGGAGACUAUACGUACUAAUUUUCCUUCCCAAUAUUAUUCCUCCAAUACAAAAGCUAUUACUUUUGAAAAUGACACCAUCAAUAAACCGAAAAACAUUUACGAAGUCAUAACUGCAGAAAAAAUCACACCGAAAGAAAUAGACAUGACUAAAGAGGGAUUGAAACUAUUUAAAACUACAACCAAAAUUAGCAAUGAAGGGGUGAUGAAAGAUGAUGAGACUAAAAAAUCAAUAGAGACUGAUCAAAUUGAGGAGUCACUAGUUGACGAAGGCACUCAAGAAAAUUUCGAUGUAGACGAAAAAGGAAAUAUGACGAUAUUAGACGAGGAUUCAGAUUUGAGCGUUUCGGAAUUGGAAAAAUCAGAUGAUAAGUUCACACUCCUCCUACCACAAAACAAUGGUAUUAUAUCAACAAAGAUUCCGAAAAAACGCAGUACAAAUGAAUCCUUCAAUGUAAAUAUCGGUGCCGGAUAUGGGUUUGGACUAGAUGAAGAUACUGCAGUUUUGCCAGGAAGUACCACUCAAAUAAACUCAACAAAUCCCUUGAGUAGCCUGUUAAAAGGCGAACAAGUUGUUAUUGGAAAGUAUCCUGUACAAAUUCCAAUAUUUGAUUCUGAAAUGGCCGAGUCAAAAAUUGUACCGAUGGAUCAAAAGAAAGUAUCAAAUAUCGAAAAAAAUAAUAAUGUUAUGGAUAUGAAAGAAAUACAACACAUUUUACAUAACGUAGGCGAUCAUUCUGAGUAUUCAAAAAUAGUACAAGUUGUAAAAGUACCAGCGGUAUAUGAGAUUCAUUUAGAAAAAUAUGAAAAAAAUCAUCAGAUAGCACCUAAGCAAUAUAUACAGCAAAUCAACAACUUAGUCAGCAGUAAUAGACCUAAAAAGAAUAAUUUAAUAAAAGUUAACAACAGAGAAAACAUUAUUUAUGGAAACAAAAUGAAAGAUUUUGUAAAAAUCGAUCAGUGGCAACACACGCAUAAAAUCAAAAAACGACAGAAGAAAACUGCUAGAUUUCCAACGAAAAAUACUAAUCUAAUCCCAAAUUCUUACCCUCAAAACCACCAAACUUAUUACAAACCUGAAUACACACCUUAUUAUCCUUCUACUCAACAAAAACAUUCAGUAUACAGCACCCUUACCCGUAAUAUACCUUUUACAUCAAAAAGAAGGUUUACUGAUAGAUCAGAAGUACUAAAUGAUAAUUUAGUUUAUGGUUCUAAUAAAGAAAAAGUACUUAAUCCCGACGAAAUCAAUAUACCAAUCCAACCAGGCACCACCAUGGUAACCUUACCAAAAUUAGAAGAGUCUAAAGAUAGAAAUUUUGUUGAAGUUAGUGAAAGUAAGGGUUGUAAUAAAGACUACAGCCAGCCUGUAAUUAUUCAACCUCCUGAAAUGAAAUCUGAAUCUAGCAAUAUUGAGAAUAUUUAUUUUACCACCUUAAAACCCAUCGAAAAGCAGAAUAGAGCUAGUGAUUGGUCUAGAUAUGCUAAUAUGAAUAAACAGCACAGAAGAAGUGGGAUCAGGCCUGUUAAAUAUAUGUUAUAUAUUAAUAAAAUUGUUACUGAAGGGUGGUAAUUGUAUGUUAUAAGAAAAUUGUAAUACUUGUUAAUAAAUUGUUA